AUGAAGUUCAACAUCGCGAACCCGACCACCGGGUGCCAGAAGAAGCUGGAAAUCGAUGACGACCAGAAACUGCGUGCCUUUUAUGACCGAAGGAUCUCCCAGGAGGUCAGUGGUGAUGCUCUGGGCGAGGAGUUCAAGGGUUAUGUCUUCAAGAUCAUGGGUGGGUGUGACAAGCAAGGCUUCCCAAUGAAGCAAGGAGUUCUGACUUCUGGUCGUGUCCGCCUUCUGCUCCACAGGGGCACUCCCUGCUUCCGUGGUUAUGGCAGGCGUAAUGGUGAGCGUAGGAGGAAGUCUGUCCGUGGUUGUAUUGUGAGCCAAGACCUAUCUGUUAUCAACUUGGUGAUUGUUAAGAAGGGUGAGAACGACCUGCCUGGUUUGACUGACACUGAGAAGCCAAGGAUGAGGGGUCCCAAGAGAGCCUCCAAGAUCAGGAAGCUGUUCAACCUGUCCAAGGAUGAUGAUGUACGCAAGUAUGUGAACACAUAUCGCAGGACAUUCACUACCAAGAGCGGCAAGAAGGUGAGCAAGGCACCUAAGAUCCAGCGGCUUGUGACCCCCUUGACCCUCCAGAGGAAGCGCGCUAGAAUCGCUGACAAGAAGAAGAGGAUCGCUAAGAAGAAGUCUGAGGCUGCUGAGUACCAGAAGCUUCUUGCCCAGAGGCUGAAGGAACAGAGGGACCGCCGGAGCGAGAGCUUGGCCAAGAGGAGGUCCAAGCUUUCUGCCGCCGCCAAGGCUUCCGCUGCCACCUCCGCUUAA